UAAGAUAGCAUGUGGGUAAGUACCUUAAUUCAUCGGAAAGGAGAAGAAUUCUUCUCGAAAAUAUAUUUUCCUUGAAGAAAAACGAUGGAAAAUAGAGUAAUAAAGGAAUUGAACGCAGAAUUGGGUUCCAAUCUUGAAGACAUAUCAAAAAGCAAAACAUUAGUUGAACAAUGUGUGAAUCAAUUGAAUGCAAUAGAAGAAAAGUUAACAAUAACAAGUCAAAAUUCAUCGACUAUCAUUAAAGCGACUCUUGAAGGAUCGCAAAAUGUUCUGAAUUUAGUUAAUGAGACAUUUGAGGAGGCAAACUAUUACGAAAAUAAAAUCAGCAAAGUCAUUGACAAAUACAAAAAUAUUCACGAAAACAUUUCAACUAAUCUUCAAAAGAUCAACGACUUGGAACAUCUUGUUGAAUAUUUCUUCAUUUUAAGAGAUAUCCAAGAUAUAAGUUCUGAGUUGUCAAAUUGCAUACAUUCCAAAGAUGAACAGAAAAUCGUGAAUUUUUUUCUGUCACUUUCGGGAUCGCCUGAUUCAAAUGACAGCGUUAUGGGACGUUUGAAGGAUGUCGAUGCUCCGCAUAUGAAGCUUUAUGCCAGGCGUAUGGCUCUUUACUGGUACGACGUUAUAAAAGAUAGACUUUCUAGUGACUUUGAGGCAAUUCUCAAGACUAUCAAAUGGCCUAAUCUUGGCCAUCUCCUUGAAGAAACCUUCAAUCCCACAAAGGAAGUUAUAAAUAAGCUCCAAACAUUAGCUGAGUAUUUAUUCCUUGUGCAACUUCCUGGUUAUGAUCGAUUCAUGUACGUUAAAUUGUCGCCUUCAAUUGUUUGUCCACCAAUAAGUACGCCAAUUCAAUUGCUUGUGAAGCCUUUCCAAGUUCGAUUCGAAUAUCAUUUCAUGAGUUCACGUCAAACAAAUCGUCCAGAUAAACCUGAAUAUUAUUUUACACAAAUUCUCUCAUGGGCGAAAGACAAUCAUCAUUUUGUUAGUGAAAUAUUUCAAGCACCAGCAAAUCGAGCUUGCGCUUGUGACAACAUUCGACUGGAAUUCAUUCGUGGCCUAGUUCAAUUGACCAUCGAGAAAUUACUCCAAGAUAUCGAAGAAAUUAGCUUUGAUGAACAACUUUUCGCUCAUCUUAUUGAUGAAAUUCUUUCUUUCGAACAGGAUUUGAAAUCAACACUUUCAUAUCCAAACACACUGCCCAGUGCUGUGAAUGUUUUAACUCAGCCUUUCUUUUUUACUAAAUGGUUAAGUAUUGAAGAGAAAUUCACAUCUGAUAAAAUCGAUUUAAUUUUGAGUGAUGAAAACAUGCCUUGGUCGAUGCUUGAUUCUUUUGGAUUUACAAACAUUACAUCGCCACAUACUGCAUUGACAAUCGAAGCUAAAGAAGAGCUUGAUUUGGAUGAAAUAAAAAUUCCUAAAUGUUCCGAUCAAUUUGUGCGACUUCUUGAAGCAAUGAAGGAAAGAUAUUGCAUUUUGCCACAGCCAAGUCAUCAAUUGCAGUUCUUAGAACUUCAAAUAGAAUUGAUCGAUGGCUUCAGACGACGACUUGUUCAACUUUACAACACAGCAACUGUCAAUACAUUGAACAUUCUCAAUGCUGUUUACUACAUUAUUUGUGUACUUCGAGAAUGGGGUGAAAAUGUUCAUUAUUUGCAUUUGCAUGCAGCUUUACAAGGCCCAACUGCUGACGAAGUCACUUCGGUGUUUGACAAGUCAAUUCAUGAACUUGAUCAUUGGCAGAACAAAUUAAUUAAACAUUUAUCAUCGAAGCUUGUCGAUGAGAUUAAAGCAAAGUCAAUGCCUUAUAGACAUGAUAAUUGGGUGUCAAUGCCGAAACAAAAUCCCAACGAAUCUUUUGUCAUUUCACCAUCAUCGAGUGAAAUGUUUCAACUUCUUAUAACAGUCCUUCACGAUCUUGAAACUGCAUUGUCUACAGCAAUAUUCAGUUCAAUAUUGAGACGAAUUGCAAAGAAACUUGAUGAUUAUUUUAUUGACAGCAUGAUAAUGAACACAAAAUUCUCUGAAGGUGGAGCAGGACAAUUUAAGUAUGACGUGAGUCGAAAUCUUGUCCCACUUUUUGGACAAUACAGUCGAAGACCAGGAUUGCUUUUUAAAAAUCUCAACGACUCAUGUACAUUACUUUCAUUACCUUUUGGCACAGCUCUUCUGCUACAUCAGACAUUAAAAGCUGGAAAUAAAACGACAAACGCUGAAGAACUGGAAAAUAUGAAAGAAGCGCUUAAAGAAGUUGGAAUUGUGUCGUUGCCAAUCACGUUAGCUGUUGAUGUCUUAGAACGACGAAAUGAUGUUUACUUUUAAUUGUUUGUUAUUUGAAUUUCUUAUAAGAAUUGGUUAUUGAUUAAUAAAUGAGAAUGAAAGAAUUUUUUAUCUCCUUGAAAA